UAUGUGUAUGUAGGUCAGAAGCAAGCACCUAAACAAGAAGAAUGUGGAGGAAAAGACAAUAGCAGAGCAGAGAAACAAGACAAAACUGAAUGGAGGCCGUCAUUCAUGGAAUACUCAUCUUAUGAAACAGAAAGUCAAGCAGAACUCACAGCUAGGAGUCUUUUUAGACCUAUUGAAAAAUUAGCCUAUGAAAGACCAAGAGGUUAUGGAAGAGGAAGAAGUGAAAUGCAAGGUAGAGGAAGAGGUGGUGGAAUAAACAAAAGUUUUGAUGGCUUCGACCACAGAAGAAAACGGGAAUUUGAAAGACAAAGUGACAAUGUUGAAAUUGAGAUGAAACUGAAUGCUCCAAUGGAAGCGACUGCAAAAACAGCUAAGGCUCCAGAGAUGUCUGAAGGAGAACCUCUAAACAAAGUUGCUGAAGGAAAGCCAAUGGAAGAAGUAGUUCAAGAAAUGACGUUAGAUGAGUGGAAAAAUCUUCAGCAACAGAAUCGACCGAAGCAUGAAUUCAACAUCCGGAGGCCAGAAUCCACUGUUCCUUCCAAAGCAGUGGUGAUUCACAAGUCAAAAUAUAGCAAUGAUAUACAAAAGGGAGAGCUUGAAGAUGGUUAUCCUAUUUUUCGAAGGGCAGUGAAUGACAUAACAUCUCAGCUGGAUAUCAAUUUUGGGAGUCUUUCUCGCCCUGGCCGUGGAUCAAGAGGAGCACGAGGUCGUGGCCGUGGCAGACAAGUUGAGGAGAAAGGACCCCAACCAGAAGUAAUGGUGCAAAUUGUUGCUCCAAAUCCAGAUGAUCCUGAGGAUUUUCCUGCUUUAACUUAAAAGAAAUAUCAUGAAUGGUGUUAUCAACGUAGCUUUGGUGCAGCUCUAAAGAAACCAGUUCUGUACUGGUGCGGGGGGGGAAAGAGUCCAAGUCUACUGGAAAAGCUGUUCUGGUUGAUGGUCUUUUUUUUUUUUCUUGUGUAUGAAAUGUUUGAACCCAUUAAUGGAAGUGAGUUCUAGAGAUAACGGAGGUCUGGAGUUCUGUUAUAGGGCCUAGUGCCUACCUCCAUUUGUGAAAGCUGUAUGAAGGCUUGCAGAACUCAACUAUAAGGCUUUGAAUGAAGAUCAAGAGUACAGUGCUUAAAAAUGUAUAUGUAGAGAACUAUGUCAAGUUCUUCUUGGUUCACCAGGUUGGUGAAACUGUAUGGUUUGCCAUCAGGAGUCUGUUUCACUUUGAGGUAUGAAAGCUACUUUCUGUUUCUUUGGUUGAAGUGUAUUUUGCACAUUUACAAGUUGCAGUUCUUGAGAGUUUGGCAAAUAAAACACAGUGCUUACUGGUUUGA